CAAUAACGAGUGUGUUUUCUCUGCCGGUAAGCCAUAUUGUUUGCUGUCGUCAUUUGAACAACACGGAUAAGGAUUCAUCAUUUCCAGGAAUUAAACAAGAAGAGAAAACUUCCAAUACCGGGAACCCCCGCUAAAGAAACUAGCAUGGAGGCUGUCGGCGUUGUCGCUUGUUCCAGUCUCAGUGACACCUCAUAUGAUUGCGUCGUGGUUGUCACAGACGAUGUUGACAAACUAACCGGUGUUCUUCAAGAGCUGCAGGCGCCUAUACGCGAGUACGCAGAGCUCGACAAGAACUACGACGAUGUGGACGCGGUGCAUCUGAUCAAAACUGACCGAGUUCCGUCAAGGCGACUCAUUUUCGCGCCGACUGGGCCCGUCACGCGGGACUAUGAUGACGUCAGACGCUACGGGGAGGCGGCCACUAAAGGCAUAAAAAGAUGUCUCAAGAGUGGAUGUAAGCGCCCCCUACUGGUAUGCACUGGAAACGGGAAAUUCCCAAACGCAUGCGCUGUAGCCGCUCUUGGGGCUCUCCAUGCUCUUUACGUGCCCAUUGAGGUGUGCGAGGGUCUCCCAGACAAGAAGCAGAAGGCCGAGGUGCUGGGGCUCUUCUGUGCUGAUGGACAAGGGGAGGCAACUGCUGCCACCGUUGAAGCCGUUGAGAGGGGAAGAAUUGUAACCCGUGACAUAGGUGGUUCUGACCCUGAGCGGAUGGCGGCACCUCGAGUUGAGGAGUAUGUGCGGAGAAGCCUGGAAGGGACUUGUAUUAAGGUGGAAGUAGUGUCCGACCGGGCUGUUCUGGAGAGAGACUACCCAUGUGUGGCCGCAGUGGACCGGGCCGCUAGCGUUGUCCCCCGCCACCAAGCCCGACUCAUCUUCCUGGAGUACAAGGGGGAGGGCGCCAUCAAGAAAAACAUCUUCCUGAUCGGGAAGGGCAUCACCUACGACACCGGCGGCGCUGACAUCAAGGCCGGGGGCAACAUGGCCGGUAUGCACAGGGACAAGUGUGGGGCGGCGGCGGUCGCGGGAUUCUUCAAGAUUCUGUCGAUCCUGAAACCCCCCGGCAUCAGAGUGAGGGGGGUGAUGGGCAUGGUCAGGAACAGCGUCGGUGCAGAGGCCUACGUGGCUGAUGAGAUCGUGACCUCACGCGCCGGGGUGAGAGUGAGGGUUGGGAACACAGACGCUGAGGGGAGGAUGGUCAUGACAGACCUCCUCUGCAAGUUCAAAGAAGAGGCAAGCGAGCCAGGCGUUGUCGACCCCCACAUCUUCACCAUCGCUACCCUCACGGGUCACGCCAAGAGGACCUGCGGAGACGCCUACUCCAUUAUCAUGGACAACGGGCCGGCGGGAGAGGUGGACUCGGCCCAUGCCAUACAGAAGUCUGGAGACAGGUUCGGGGAUCCACUUGAGGUGUCGACCAUCAGGAGAGAGGACUAUACCAUCCACAAGGGGAAGUCCGAAUACGAAGACACCUUGCAAUGCCAGAUUGGUGUGGGUGCCCCACAAGUCGGCAGAGGUCACCAGUCUCCCGCGGCCUACAUGAUGAUGGCGUCGGGCCUUGACAAGCAUGGCAAAGAUUCUGCCACCCCCUUGAGAUACUCCCACAUCGAUAUCGCGGGGUCAUGCGGGCCAUACCCGGGGGUCCCCACGGCGGCCCCUGUGGUGGCACUGGCAGCUCAGUUCGUCCUGUAGAGUACCCGGGUCAGGAUGGUUAAAGCUGACCUGUGUAUGGUCGUGAAGACGUUACGCGUGUCCUGACAUAUAUCAGGCAGUGUGCAGAAGAGUAGUACUCAGAACAAAUUUUAAGCUCAAAUAAUAUAUCGCUUUAAUAAUGUAGUUCAGUGAUGUCGUAGUGAUAAAUAUUAUUGAUUUUCAAUGCACUGUUUAUUAGUUGAACUGUAACAGUAAAUCUGAGAACCCUUCUGAAACGGUCUCGGAGUAAAUAGUUGCCACGUAUAAAUGCAAGAUUGAUGGUGCGGUGUUAAACAAUAUAGCAGAUUUUUUUUAG